UGUGUUUCUCACAGAGGCCAGAGCGGGAAGAUGGCCUUCUUCAGCUUCUUCAUCCUGGCCUUGUGCAUUGUGGGCCGAGACGCCCUCACCAAAAAUGACUGCGGACCACAUUUCAGACGACCAGAAUACAGUGACAUCAACGUGACGUGUGGAACAUCUGCCAUCCAUCUGGCUAUUCAAAUCUGCCCGGCUAUCUACACCGGUUACAAUGCAUCUUUACUCAUCCUGAACCACGUCCAGGGUGAUCUGGACUGUAAGGGAACGCUGGACGCAUCAGUGUCGCCUCCAGUGGUCAGAUUCAGCUUCCCCAUCAGAGAAGGGAACGCCUGCGGCAGUAAAUUCGUGACCACAAGUGCACCCGGGACGGGAAUAUUCUCCAACUUCUCCAUCAUCCAGACUGUAAACGUCAGCGGAGUGGUGCGAUCGCUUGAUGUAACCGUCGGAAUGGUCUCCUACAAUACAGAGCUCAAAUAUUUAUACUCGUGCGCCUACCCGCUGGAGUAUUUCAUCAACAACACUCAGCUGGACGUGUCAUCUUCCUCCAUUGCUUUGAAGGACAACAACGGGAGCUUCAUCAGCACCCUGAGCAUAACUUUAUACAAGGAUAUUAAUUACACCACACCCCUUAUCAUUCCACGUUUGGGCCUCGAACUAAGAACCAUCAUCUUUGUGCAAGUGGCUGCUUCCAAUUUGACAUCCCAGUACUUUGUCCAUCUGGACCGGUGCUAUGCCUCCACCUCUCCACAGCCCUCCAACUCCACCUUCUUUAACCUGUUUGUCUCGUGCUCAGUCGAUCCAAUGACCACCAUGCUGGAGAACGGAGAAAGCCAAAAGGCCCGAUUCUACUUCCCGGUGUUCCGCUUCAUCGAACAGGAGAAUGAGACGGUCUCCACCUACUAUCUGCACUGCAUCACCCGCCUGUGUGAGCGCACCAUGUGCAGCACCUUCAAGCAAUGUAACAGGAGGAAGAGGCACGCCGAAACCAGCGUGGUCCAGCAGAAGCCCUCUGAGACGUCCGUGCUCACGGUGCCCAUUAAGGCCAUGACAGAGAACUGUAUGUGA